AUAGUUCCCCCUUUGGUUUGAGACCUCUAAAUCAGGCGUGCUUCAACCUGAGAAUAAAUAAAAGAAAUAGCUAAAUAAUGAGUGACAGCGAAGAAGAGACAAAGCAGAAUACGGAUCCAGUGGACAAUGCCUGGUCGUUAAAGAUUCCCGCGUUCAGGCAAGAGGACAAUCCCCACGGCAUGGUGGAGGAGAGCUCCUUUGCCACGCUUUUUCCCAAAUACCGCGAGAAGUACCUGAGGGAAGUGUGGCCGCUGGUGGAGCAAUGUGUGGCAGAGCACCAGCUGAAGGCGGAGCUGGAUCUGGUCGAGGGCAGCAUGGUGGUGAAGACGACACGGAAGACCUGGGACCCGUACGUCAUCAUCAAGUCGCGCGACAUGAUCAAGCUGAUGGCUCGCAGUGUGCCUUUCGAGCAGGCCAAACGCGUUCUGCAGGAUGACAUCGGCUGUGACAUAAUCAAGAUCGGCAAUCUGGUCCACAAGAAGGAGAAGUUUGUGAAGCGGCGACAGCGACUGAUCGGACCCAAUGGCGCUACACUAAAGUCGAUCGAGCUGCUCACCGACUGCUACGUGCUCGUCCAGGGCAACACUGUGUCUGCUCUGGGGCCUUACAAGGGUCUGCAACAGGUGCGCGACAUUGUGCUGGAGACCAUGAACAACGUGCAUCCCAUUUACAACAUCAAGGCGCUGAUGAUUAAGCGCGAGCUAAUGAAGGACCCCAAACUGGCCAACGAGGACUGGUCCCGCUUCCUGCCCAAGUUCAAGAACAAGAACAUAAGCAAACGCAAGCAGCCGAAGGCCAAAAAGCCCAAAAAGGAGUACACACCCUUCCCGCCGGCCCAGCCGGAGAGCAAAAUCGACAAGCAGCUGGCCUCUGGUGAAUACUUCCUCAACCAGGAGCAAAAACAGGCCAAGCGGCACCAAGAGCGCAGUGCCAAGCAGGCCGAUGCGGCUAAGAAGCAGGACGAGCGUCGCAACAAGGACUUUGUGCCCCCCACAGAAGAGGCUCCCAGUCGCAAACGCCAAGCCGAGGACAGCUCCAGCAGCAAGGUGGAUGUCAAGGCUCUUAAGGCGAAGCUGGUCAAGGCAAACAAGAAAUCAAAGAGCUGAUGUGUGUGUGAGAGCCUUCUAUUAGUUGUAGUUAUUGCUAGAAAAUCCUUAAAUAAAAAAAGAUAACUCUGUAA